UCACCGCUAUUGGUGGAGAGAAUGAGCGAGAAAGAGAGGAAAUCGGCCGCUGUAGAGUCAGGGGAAAAGCCUCCAUGGCCGAUGGAUGCGGUGGGCGCGCUGACUUUCCUCAUCCUGGGUGGUCUGGGGAUCACGCGGUGGCUAAAUAUGUUAGAUCCGUUAGGCAUUUCCUUGAUAGGAGACGUCAUUCACAUGAUAGGAGCCAUUUUCCUUGGUGCCACCCUCACCCAGAAGGACACAUGUGCUGGGCUUUCACUCAAAUCACUGCAUCUAACAGCUUUGCAUCUGGCGGUUAAACUGUCUUAUGCUGGCCUCGUUAAAUCCGAAUUACGCCCGCUUGAUGUAAAUUCACUUUUGGGAACAGUUGUGGCCAUCUAUUCAAUUUUGGGAACACUUGUGGCCAUCUAUAUGGUUGGUUUUAAAUAUAAGUCUAGUUAUGUGGACAAACAGCACAACUUCAAAUUGUUAUACCUACUAAUACCUUGUGCUUUGCUAUCAUUAUUAAUUCAUCCCAUGACACCGGAAAAUAGCUGGAGUGGGAUUACUGUCGCCUUCUGUUGUUAUCUUAAUUCUAUUUCGAUGCUACCUCAGCUGCAAGUAAUACGGAAGAGAGAGAGUGUUGAUCCGGUUACAGCACAAUAUAUAUGUUGGCUGGGGUUUUCGAGAAUAGUAUAUGUUGAAAAUUGGAUUAUCGAGAUAUUGCUUACUCGAGGACAAUCGGUGAUAUUUUUGGGUUAUGCUUUUGUGGGUUAUGAUAAUAUAUGGUGGACUAUUAUGGGUGUCCUCUCCGAAAUUGUAAAUGGUUUCAUUCUUGCAGAUUUUUGCUACUACUACGUGACCAUCCAUUUUGAUGAUCGUGAAGACAUGCAACUCCCAUCGGGAGUGGUGUGAGAUUGGGAUGCUUCCAAAAGUUUUUAUUUUGUAUGUAUCAAGUUGACUAAAGUAAUGUCAUUUAAUUUAGAGUACAAUCGAUUGCAAGGGAUCUUGAUCUCGAUCAUUUUUUAAUAUUCUUUGCUAGUUAUAAAUGAUUUUAUUUAAAUGCCCUACUAGACUUUUUUUUUUCUUUCUAAUUUACUAAUUAAAUGAUCCAAGA